GUUGUUUUUCUCAAAAUUGAAAUUGUUAUUUCUGUCUCUCUCUUUGGGGAGCGUUUAAAGUUUAGAAUUUUUGGGUUUUUGAAUGACGAGUUGGCUGAGAGUAUUGAAGUCCGUACAGGCCGUCGCAGCCCACAGCCUGCUCUUGUGCUUCACGCUCUUGCUCGUCCUCAAGCUCGACCAUGUCAUCGUCAACUCCUGGUGGAUUAUUUUUCUCCCACUUUGGAUAUUUCAUGCAGUUGUUGCCCGAGGAAGAUUCUCAUUACCUGCUCCAUCAGUUCCACAUAAUCGUCAUUGGGCACCAUGCCAUGCAAUUGUUGCGACCCCAUUGCUUAUUGCGUUUGAGUUGCUCCUUUGUAUAUAUCUUGAGAGUGUUUAUGUUCAUGAUUUGGCUCCUGUAAACUUGAAGAUUGUCUUUCUUCCCCUUCUGGCACUUGAAAUAACUGUUCUAGUUGACAAUUUCAGAAUGUGUAGGGCGCUAAUGCCUGGAGAUGGAGAAAGCAUGAAUGAUGUGGCUGUAUGGGAGAUGCUUCCUCACUUUUGGGUUGCAAUAUCCAUGGUCUUUUUUGCUGCUGCUACAGUCCUCACACUCCUAAAGAUAUGCGGUGAUGUACGUGCUCUUGGCUGGUGGGACUUGUUUAUAAAUUUUGGUAUUGCAGAGUGCUUUGCCUGUCUCGUUUGUACAAAGUGGUCUAAUCCGAUGAUUCAUAGAAACUCUCACACAAGGGCAGCAAGCUCAACUUCUGCAACUAUUAGAUAUCUUGACUGGCACAGUAGUUUAGUAGUUUCUCCCGAGGAUGACCAGCAGGAGGAUAGAAUAUGUGGUCUGCAGGACAUUGGUGGCCAUAUCAUGAAAGUUCCAGUGAUUGCUUUUCAAAUCCUCCUUUUUAUGCGCUUGCAGGGAACACCUCCUAAUGCUAAGCACAUUCCACUGCCAGUUCUCUUCUCUCCUAUUUUCCUACUGCAAGGUGUAGGUCUACUCAUUGCUGCCUCUAGGUUGGUAGAGAAAAUUGUACUUUUACUUCGCAGUGGAGAUGGAACAGGAUUAUAUUUCAGUUUUUCUGCAAGAGUUCAUGACUUCUUGGGGUUCUUGCACAAUGGUUCGAGGCUACUGGGUUGGUGGUCAAUUGAUGAAGACAGUCAAGAAGAACAAGCCCAGCUUUUCCAGCAGGGAGCUUCUGGCUACGAUACUUUCUGUGGUUAUCCUCCCGAGAUUGUGAAGAAAAUGCCUAAAAAGGAUCUUGCUGAAGAGGUUUGGAGACUGCAAGCAGCUCUAGGUGAGCAGGCAGAAAUCACAAAAUACAGCCAACAGGAGUUUGAAAGACUUCAAAACGAGAAAGUUCUAUGCAGGGUUUGCUUUGAGGGAGAGAUUAGUGUUGUCCUGCUUCCAUGUAGGCACCGUAUCCUUUGCAGUGCCUGCUGUGAGAAGUGCAAAAUUUGCCCAAUUUGCCGUGUCUCUGUCGAGGAGCGCUUACCUGUAUAUGAUGUUUAGGUUUUAACCUGCCAUCUUGUUUUUCUAAGAGCACAAAUCGAAGCGCAUGGAGAAGGUAAAAGAACGACGACAGGAGAAUGUUUCGAUAUGGUUUCUCACUUUUUACUGAAACUUGGAUAUUACUUGUUCAAACUGACAACAAGAAUUAGGUUGACACACAGGAAUUGCAGUUGCUGCAACCAUGUAUAUGUUCAACAAUUUUCUUUUCCUUUGUACAUUGUAAAUAUGCUGAACUUUCAUAGGGGGAAAUGACACUGGGUCAGUUUUAAGUUCUUUGUCAUGCUGUUAUAAAACAGUGUUUAUUUGAGCUGUAUUCUGUGUAUA